UACCUACUUAAUUUACGCUGGUUAGAUUGUAAGUAAUCCGAUUUGAAACUACCGAACACUAACCCAUUCAUGGUAUUCAUUCUGUUCUAAAAAUAUCGAUCGGGUUUCCACCCAGUAGGUCUUUAAAAAGGUCUGCAACCGGCAGAUCUAGACUCAGAAGUCACAGUCAGCAUCUACUGGUGUCAGCUCACUGCUAACUCUGUACACCAUGGGCUUGACUUUGGACGCAGGCAUUUUUCUCGUCUGUAUGGUGCUUAUUCUGAUUUUUGCGGUGGUCAGUAAUUUUAUUGUUAUUUUCAUCGUCAUCAGAAACAAGAAGAUGAGAAGCGUCACAAACGUCUUUAUUGGAAACCUGGCCUUUAGCGAUAUUUUCUUAGGAGCUGUUGUUCUACCGAUGAGGCUUCAUGAUCUGUCGCAUGCAGAAAAUUUUCACGAAGGUGAAUUCAUGUGUCGAGUGAUCAAUGGAUUUCCAAUACUGUGCAUCACCUCGUCCAUCUUCACCUUAGGCGCUGUGUCCUUCGAACGGAAACAGAGCAUCGUACACAGCCUUGGACCCCAGAUGACGCUGGGCACCUGCCGGAAGUUAGUGAUCGCCAUGUGGGUGGGGGCAUUUCUAGUGGCCACGCCGUCCUUCGUAGAAUAUGACGUCAUUACUAUUCCCCUAUCCCACAACGAAACCAUGGAGUCAUGUCGUAGCACCUUCUCCUCAACGCUCUCCAUCUUCAACGGCUUAUGCGUUCUUUUGCUCUCCUACGUCAUUCCAUUGAUCAUAAUGUGGUACAAUUAUUUCUUGAUAAUUAAGUUUGUAAUGAGGAAGACUUCGACUGCACAGAAGUCGACGGCCAUUAAAUCGUCACAAAAUAAAAGCCAGACGCAAAAAGAGGCCAAUCAGGAAAUGUCUGCGAGAAAUUUAUCAAAUGGAAACCUUACAACGAUAUCCACUACAGAAUCAAAAGCAUCGACGUCGAAGUUGGAAGCAAAUCAAAGAACGGAGCAAAAUCACAAACUUAACAAGAGCGUUCUCUCCGAAAAACGCAUGAAAAUCAUUCAGAUGUUGAUUGUUGUUGCCGUAUUAUUCGCUAUCAGCUGGUUGCCUUACUUCAUCUCCUUGGUUGUCGCUAAAAUCAACGGAUCAGACGACAGUGAAGACGCCAAGGGAGCAUUCAAUCUUAUCAUGCUAUUUUUAGCUACGUUCAGUACCGGAUAUAAUGUCAUCGUUUACGUUAUCUUUAAUCCAAACUUCAGGAAAGCCAUACUGUACAUCAUUUGUUUCCGGAAAUUCAGAAAAAAUAAAGUCUGGGUGGAUUCUGAGUACCGUAGUAAAAAUAAAAUGCCAGUUUCAAGCGCUGGUCAAACUACAGACAAUCAUUAAACAAACAGAAAUUGUUUUCUUGUUGUGGCUAAAAUCAGCACAAAAAAUCUUAGAAUGUAAUGUUGACAAUGAUUCCUUUCAUCGUCUUUAGAAAACGGACAGUGUUGUGUUCAAUGACAAUGUUGUGUUCAAACUGUCCUUGUCCGUCGUACUAUUGUAUACAAGUAAAAUGCAAAUAGAUGAGGACUCUAACGAAUUACGAAUCAACGAGUUUGAUUGUAUCAUUGUUAUUUGUUAAGGACCUGAUUUACACUUAUCUUAUUUUUUAACUAUCUUUACUUUUAUUGAAAUUCAAGACAAGUAGUUGAUUUUAGUAAAGUUAAGUAAGACAAAUAGGCUGGGUGGUUAUCCAUCCAUCAGAUCUUUAUAUAUGUGAUAUUUAAGCUGUAAACUAUUUUUUAACAAAGAACAUUUUCAUAUAUUAAUUUUUAGCUCUAAAAUCUGAACGUUUUCGGACAUCUUUUUACAGAGCUCUUCUUCUUUAGGAGACUAAUAUUGUCCAUGCAAAAAAAGGUAUCUAUUUAGCCCUCUUAAAACCUAAAUUUUUGAAAUGUUAUGAAAUUGUUUUCUUGUUAUUAUCUUUGUUAACCUAAAUUUUUGAAAUGUUAUGAAAUUGUUUUCUUGUUAUUAUCUUUGUUAAUGUUUUUACGACAGCCCCGGUAGUUUGUAUCCUAUUUCUUCUUGAUAAAAUUACCUUCCCUAGGUGAACGAUGUUUUAUGCAGUAUUGUUUUACUAUUGGUAUUGCUGAAAUCAAUGACGAAUUAAAUCUAAUAAAAGUGUUAUGUAUUCGAAUGAAAGAACGAACGAUUUAACAGUAUUCGUUAAAUCUGUUUGUACAGUGAAUACACUUAUUAAAUGAAUGUAUGAUAAAUAAAAGAUUUUUUUGGUCAUUUUCUUUAGGAAAAAGAUAAUGGUGAAGAAUGGUUAAGUAUCGUAUCUCUUUUUCUAUACAGUGUCCUUGAUAGUGCAGCUGAACUCCUUUUAAACAUCGGACAAGUUCUACUGUAUGUAUCGUACAGGUGGAGGACUUCUGUUGAAAAUCGAAUACACAGUUCAAAAGUUGCUGAUGUUUAAUUGAUAUAGUGGGCUAUUGGAUUGCUAGUUAAGUCAUAAAUUUUCUCAUUUUCAACAAUCGUUUGUUGUGGUAAAAUACGGGGUUUCCUUUGGAAUUUCGUUAAAACUUUUACACUCCGGGUCAAACAGAUAAACAUGGACUACAGAAAAUCAAUUUUUUACCAUGACAUUAAAUUUGAUUUCUUGAUUGAUGGUUACAACAGUCGAAAUGAUAACAAUAAUCUACAAGUAUGAUUUCUGGGUAAAUAGAUAAAUACAUGAAUAUUUUAUGUAUUGUCAAGUAUUAAGUUUAUGAUUAAAAUUAUCUCGGGUUUCAAAGUAACAAAAAGUACACUUGGGGUCUGAUAUCUGCUGUUCAUGAUUCACAUUACUUUCCAUUUAUUCGCUUUCAUAUUUUAAAUAAAAAUUAAUAAAUGAUAAAGGGGUUAUAUUACACAUGAAAAUCUUUGUCCGAGACCUGUGUAUAUCAUAUGAAAUUUCGCUUUUUUUCCAUUAGUUACAUGAGAUCAAGAAUAUAUAAUUAUCUAAUCACAUUGUUUAUGAAACUGGUUUUAUACAAAUAGGCAAGGAAAAGGGGUGAUUCUUCCUCCAUAGAAGAAUUUGCCAGUACAUGUGUAUUUAGAGCAUGUAGCUUAUAUAAGUUGAAAUGAAGUAUCACAAAUGAAAAGAUUGCAUUGUACACGAGACUUCUAAUUUGGACACGUAGUGAUUGGCGCGGAAUAUUCCUCAGGGACUAGCCCUACCAUCAUGCCAAUUUCGUACCAUGAUCAAUUAGCGUGAUUUAACUCUGAAGUCGCUACGCCAGGUAUUCAUAAAAGUUGAAGUAGGAAUCAUUGAACUCCAGGGUUUUAGUCCUGAAAAAUAAAAACAACAAUUGAGAACCUUCUGCGAAGCAAAUAGUUCUGAUUAUUUGAUUAGGCAAAGUAGAAAAAGCUACCCUGUGUCGUAACAAUGCAGAUAUAUUAAACAUUUGGUAACACGUGAAAACUGAUAAAACUUGUUUGCAAAUGCUUUUAUAUAGACGUUUAACAUUCAUUUGUGUUUUGAAAAGAUAGAGGUAUUUCGUAUACCUGGUUUUAAUCUAAUAUUUGUGUACAGAAUGCACUUAAAUGUUGAUCAUUAUAAAUUACCUUUGUAAAACAAAAAGAUAUAUGUACAUUUUCUAAAUGCAAACAUAUACAAUUCCUAUACAAAUAUAUGUUUUCUGGUUAAGCAGUUCCUAGUCUGUUAUAGGUUUUCGUUUCCAUUUUUUUUAUUGUUGAUUUCAAUAAUAAAUACACAUACCUGUCAGUGAGAAACAAUUGAAAU